UUCAGUGCUGAUGCUGCAAUGCUGGAUGUAAAUAACUAGAGUUAUUUAAAGAGUUAUGUUUGUGUAUGUGAAUGAGAAGAAAGGAAAAGUUUGGUUCCUUUGGUGAUUCCAAUUGAUAAAUCAGUCACCCCUUACCCCAACUGAUCACUGCCUAGCUGUGUGCUAUAUUGAAAUACUUCAGGCUUUCAUUGAUCAAUGCCUGGGAGACUUUUCACGUACUCUGAAGAAAACUCAACAACCAAAACAUUGUUUUUUCACUUCUGUCUUUUGACUUUUCAACAUGGAAUUAAAUGUCUACAAAUCUGAAGGCUACUGUUGUUAUUCAUUUAUUUGGCUGAUGUUUUUAUCUAAAACAGCUUCUAUUUGUAGAGUUGGACAUUUCACUGAAGAUAUCAGAGAGGAGUACUCUAGAGCCCUCCUGCACAGGAUUUGAACCCACAACCUUCUAGUUCGGAGUCCAGAGCCCUAACUGGAAACCAAACCUUUCUGUAGGAAACCAGGACUUGCCUGAUUCUAGUGCUACUCAGCUGGAUGUGCUCCAGAAAGGGCUGCAGGACAGGGAGCCUUGCUGGUGGCGAGCUGAGAAGGUGAAGCAGGAUGGCAGAUGUUCUGGAGAACGGCGGCCCUGUGGACUGGCAGAAGCGCUGCGUUGCCCUGGAGACCCAGCUGCUCAAGUUCCGGCUGCAGGCUGGCAAGAUCCGCGAGCUGCUGGCAGAGAAGAUGCAGGAGCUGGAGCAGAGAGUUACAGAGGCGGACCAGCGGGCAGAGAGUGCAGAGAAACAGGUUCAAGUAAUGGAAGAAAAGCUCAAAUUGGCAAAUGUACAGCCCAGCGAAUCAGAGAACUCCUUGUACAGGAGAUGCCAAGAACUGACUAAUCAAAUUCAAGAAAAGGACACGAUGAUCAAAAGACUGGAGUUACAGUUGGAGAAACAGAAUGUGCUGAGAGCUCAAGAGGCAAAGAUCAUUGAGGAAAAGGCAGCAAAAAUUAAGGAAUGGGUGACAUUCAAAUUGCGUGAGCUGGAAAUUGACAAUCACCAGUUAAGGAUUGCGAACCUAAAGCAGGCCGAGCAGAUUUUGGUUCUUCAAGACAAGCUUCAGGCACUUCUAGAAGGUCCAGGGUCCCCUGUUGGUCCUCGCUCCCCAACUCCAGAGACUCAAUCUGGGCUCCUCAGCCACUCCAGCCCCCUCUUUGCAUCCACCAGCCCUUCUAGUCCCCUGGCAUUCGAGGAAGGUCGAAAACAUUCACCCUCUCAUUUCCUGCCUUCUCCAACGCUCAAUACACAAGAUUUAAAAAAGAAGGGGCUUGAUGGGCUUGAAUCCCUUCAGAACUGCUCCUCUCCUUCUCCUCCCCUGCUGGGCUCCCAUGAGAAAGCUGAUCUCCUGCCUCGCUCUCCCUGCUCUGUGCGGAAGCAGACUACCCAGGAAGUAGGAGAGAGGGUCCACAGUCCCUUUGCCUUGGUCAAGACUGACUGCCAGGUCACAACGAAUCCUCCAGCCAGCCCUUGCCCACAGCCUCCAUGCGCAUGCAGCCCGCACACUCCUAGUGACCCAGCUGCUGGAAUCUGUGGGCCAGAGCUGCCGGAAGGGUCAUUGACUGAGAAACACCAUCCCUUGGAGGUCGGAAAGGAAGCCCACAGCCCAGUGGAGAAGAGAGGGCCGUCGCGGGGCUCGGAGAGGGACCAUUCUUCCGAUGAGCUGAACAGCAAGUUCCGUUCCCAGCGCCUGCACUCCUCCUCCUCGUCUGGUGAAACCAACAUCCCGAGCCCCGUCAACACCCCAGUCCACUCCCCUAAACAUUCCACCCCUUCCUUGGCCUCUUCCCUCCAGCUCGUCUCCCCCUGCCCCGCAGCCCCAUUUGGGACCAGCAUGACUCUGCCUAAGGUGCGAACUCCCCUGACGCCCAGAGAUAGCAUCCAGCUGGCCAAGAAACACUACAGCCAGCCGCAGCCAGGGACUGAUAAGCUACAUCACAUCAAUGUGAGCAUUGACAUCAGCUGCUUUAAGCCUCUGGCUCCAGCUGCUCAGGGCCCAGAGGAAACUGACAUCGAUGAGGUUCCUGACAAGAUGGACAUUGAGGAGCACAAAAGUGAACUGGCUGAGGAGAGGGUCUCCUUCAUUCCUCUCUCGGAGGAACUGGAACUCUUUGAUACUGACUCCCUGAAGCCUCCUACUCCUCCUCUGCACAGGUUCCCAUCUUGGGAAGGUCGGAUCUAUGCUGUGGCCAAAUCAGGGAUGCGGCUGUCAGAGGUGACUCUGGGAAACUGGUCCCCUAGCCGAGUUUCCCAUUUGCCGUUGUAUGCAGCUGCUGGCCCGUUCACACACCUCAUUUACAAGAACAUCAGUGUGCCGGUGUAUACCACUCUCAAAGGGACAGCCACUCAGAUCAGCAGCAUCCCCUUCCUGGAUGAAUCCUCCGGAUCAGAGGACGACACCAGCUCACUCGCCAGCCUCCGCACGUCGGCCCUGGGCCCCGAGGCCAAGAAAAACAGCGCUCCGGGCAGCCCACGCGCUGUUAAGAGGGGUGUGUCAAUGUCGUCGGUGAGCUCGGAGAGUGACUACGCCAUCCCGCCAGAUGCCUAUUCCAUCGACAGCGACUACUCCGAGCCAGAGCACAAGCUACUGCGGACGUCCACCUACUCCUGCGAGAGUGCCUGUGCUCAGGAGCCUUUGGAGAAGUCUGGGUACUUACUGAAAAUGGGGAGCCAGGUGAAAGCAUGGAAACGACGCUGGUUUGUUUUGAGGAAUGGUGAAAUCUUAUAUUACAAGUCCCCUAGCGAUGUCAUCCGGAAACCUCAGGGGCAGAUUGAACUGAAUUCUUCGUGCAGGAUUGCUCGAGGGGAGGGGGCACAGACAUUCCAGCUUAUCACUGAGAAGAAGACAUACUACCUGACAGCAGAUUCUCCCAAUAUUUUGGAGGAGUGGAUUCGGGUUCUACAGAACAUCCUCAAGGUGCAGGCCGCUAGUCCUGUCGUCAUGGAGACUACUGCCAAGCCCACUGUCAGAGGCUGGCUCACCAAGGUGAAACAUGGCCACUCUAAACUAGUAUGGUGUUCUCUGAUUGGGAAAGUGUUUUACUACUACCGCAAUCAGGAUGAUAAGUUCCCCCUGGGAAAGCUGCGUGUGAGGGAGGCGCGGGUGGAGGAAGUGGAUCGAUCCUGUGACUCUGACGAGGACUAUGAGGCCGGGGGGCGGGGGUUCCUGUCCUCUCACUACACCCUGGUCAUUUACCCCAAGGAGCAAAGCCCCACCUACCUGCUGAUCGGCACCAAGCAGGAGAAGGACGCCUGGCUCUACCACCUGACUGUGGCGGCAGGAAGCAGUGGCAACUUGAAGGUUGGCACCGAAUGUGAGCAGCUCAUUGGGAAACUGCUCGACCGAGAUGGGGACCCUGACUCCCCGAUGUGGAAGCACCCUGUGUUGUGCUACAGUAAGGAGGGUCUGCUGUCCCCACUCACCACACUGCCCUCAGAGGCGCUGCAGACAGAGGCCCUGAAGCUGUUCAAGUCUUGUCAGCUCUUCAUCAACGUGCUAGUGGAGUCACCCUCCAUUGACUAUCACAUGUCCCUGGCCCAGAAUGCUUUGCAAGUAUGCCUGACACACCCAGAGUUACAGAACGAGAUCUACUGUCAGCUCAUCAAACAGACCAGCCACCGGCAGCCCCAGAACUACUCUCUCAUCCAGGUUUGGCAGCUGCUGUCUGUGUGUGUUGCUCUCUUUCUGCCUCAGCAUCACUUCCUCUGGUAUUUGAGAGUGUAUCUGCAACGCCACGCCGACCCAAGGAAUGAAGUUGGCAAGUAUGCCAUCUACUGUCAGAGGUCUGUGGAACGUACGCUUCAGAACGGAGACCGUGAAGCCAAGCCGUCCCGCUUGGAGAUCAUGUCCAUCCUCCUGAGGAACCCUUAUCACCACUCGCUGCCUUUCAGCAUCCCUGUCCAUUUCAUGAACUCCACCUACCAGGUUGUGGGCUUUGACGGCUCCACCACAGUAGAUGAGUUCCUGAACACUCUGAACCAGGAGGCAGGGAUGAGGAAGCCGGCACUCUCGGGAUUCGCGCUGUUCACGGACGACCCCUCCGGGAAGGACCUGGAGCACUGCCUGCAAGGGAACGUCAAGAUCUGUGAUGUGAUUUCAAAGUGGGAGCAGGCAUUGAAGGAACUUCACCCAGGAAAAUAUGAAGGAACCAGGAUUGUUCGGCUGACCUAUAAGAGCAGGAUGUGUUUCCGUGCCCAGGCCAAAGGGGAGAUGGAGCGAGAGCGCCUCCUGCUGGCGUAUCAGGUCAAUGACGAAGUGGUGCACGGCAGGUUCCCUGUCAACAAGGAGCUGGCUCUGGAAAUGGCUGCCCUCAUGUCCCAGGUGGAACAUGGAGACCUGGACCGGCCUGUACCUUCUAGCCCUGGGGGUUCCUCACAGGCCAAGAUGCAGCAGCUCCUUCUGCAGGCUCUGGACCGGUUCUAUCCCCGGCGCUAUAGACAGGACUGCACCCCAGAACAGCUCAGGCGGCUGGCUGACAGACUGGCCACAAAGUGGAUGGUCCUGCGGGGCUGCAGUGCAGCAGAGUGCGUGCGGAUCUACCUGACGGUGGCCCGAAAGUGGUCUCUGUUUGGAGCCAAGCUCUUCACUGCAAAGCCUGUCCCCCCGUCCCCCUUAGAGGUGGCUCCACUCUGGCUGGCCGUGAGCGAGGACGGACUCAGCGUGCUGGAGUAUAACACCAUGCACCUGGUGGUGACUUAUUCAUAUCAGUCCGUGGUCACCUUUGGAGGUUGCCAUGAUGAUUUUAUGAUAGUGGUCAGCCAAGCUAAAGACCGAAACUCUGGAAAGAAAACCCUUGAGAAACUAGUGUUUGCAAUGGCAAAGCCUAAGAUCCUGGAAUUAACUCUUCUGAUUGCCAGUUACAUCAACUACUGGACCUCCAAUCUGCUGUCCUCCUCCCCUCAUUCUCCCACUCCUGCCCACGGGACCAAAGGAGAGAAGAGGCUCUGGGACAUUGACAACAGACACUUUCCCUCUGUGCCUCGCACUACCAAGGGACCCACGCUGUUGUAAAGAGCUGGUUGCCAGAGCAACCAUGUCUGACAUAGCAGGAAGUCAGAUAUGAUUCAGUGAUAACAACAUAGGGACUGCAAAUUUCAUCUAUGUCGUGCAGCCAAAGGAACUCAAGAUGUAGUGGGCCACACGAGACAUGUCAGGACCAAGAAGGGAGGGCUCUUGAAGGUUUGCAGUUGUUGAGAAGUGAUUCUUUGAAUGGAUUUCUCAUUGGAGCCAGUGCUAUGUUUACAUGGGCCCUAACAAUCUUGUUACAUUAAAGGUCGUAACAAGAUUGACCCCAUUCUCUUGACAUGGUUUGCAUUUAGUGGGGUGCUUUUUGGAUAAUUUUUUUUGGGGGGAAGGAGAAGAGAAUUGUAUAUUUGUCACUUCUGGGGUGAUGAGGGGCUAAUCUAGGGAUCAAUUCCUCUGCCUUGUUUCUAAUUUGAGGGAUUUGGGGUGGAGGAUUCACACCUACAAAGAUAGGGGGUUCUACCAGUCUAUUAACAUCAACAGUGUUAAUCAGGAGACUUGUUGUGGGGCAUCAACAUGAGAAGCCAUGACCAAAUGACCUUUUAUACUGUGACUUCUAAUACUACCUUGAUACCUACAUUUCCUGAAAAAUUAAGCUGAAAGGGUCUGAACGACAGUUGUCCACUGUCACAUGCCCAUCACUGAUAUUUGUUUGUAGGGAAUAAAUGUAAAAUGUAGAAAGGGAGCAAUCCUAGUUUGUUACAAGGUCCUUGUAUUGAAUCACUUUAUGUCUUCCCGAAAUAAAGACUUAUGGAGAAUUUCCAUCAAUGCCGUUGAGAUGAAUAGGUUCUGUAGUAGGUGCAUCGCUAGACACUAACCAGCACAUGUACUCCAUUCCACUUGCUUCUGACAAAUCCCAGACUGAAGUCUUUAUUGGGGUCUGUUUCUUUUUUCUUUAUUCUUUUUGUUUUGUAAAACAAACGUUGUAGGCCUACCUGAUAGAAAAACAGUUCCUUCUGAAGUACAGCCAGUGUAGAAGACAAGCUGAUAAGUCAUCUUUAAUUGGUUGCAUGUUCUGUAUAUAUUUUGUGGCGUUGCUUGAAAUUCUGUUACACUGGAGUGAUUUUGCGGGCGAUUCUCAAACGUGAACAAUCGAAAUGUCAGCGUUCGCUGAAAAACCACUGACUGUUUAAAACCACUGACUUCAGUCAUCUCAUGUGACUGCCAAGCACCUCGAACACCAAAUUAUUUGACCACUAGAGACGCUCCACACCUGGGGUUAACUUCUGUUUAUACGGAGUUCAACCCAUAUAGUGUGGAAAUAUGCACCAGAAGGUGACCAUUGCUGUAUUAGCAGAAGGCCUAGUUUAGGUAAGCAAGUUAUGCAGUGGAACUUUUAAAGAUAUAUAAAACUGCCUUCAUAUAUAAAAGUAACAGAGAAGGAAUUCCUUGUGUUAGUUUAAGGUGCUUUGAUAUUAGUGCUGACCUCAGCCAAUGAAAGCAGAGGCCUUUACUUUGCAGUUUAUUUUAAUCUUUGUGGUCACAUGAAAAACCACUAGGUUUGAUGUAAAAGCCUUGGGGAGAUUUGUAGCUGUUACUGUAACCAACUAAAAGAUUUGUUAUGUGAGAUUUAACUAAGUGCGAUCAUUGCUGCCUGGAAAAGUCUGUGUGUUUAUGUCGGUCCUGGCUGGGAAACCUGUCCAUCAUUGCAGUGCUCUCUACUUUGCACAGGUAUCAGGUAGUGAUGAUGUUAUCCACAAAAUUGUUUAAUGUGUACAUUUGUAAAAGAGUGAUUUUGAGAAGACUACAUUCUUGUCACUCUUCUGAUAUGAUAGUUUUUAUUUAUCACAGUUAUGUUAAAAUUGCUAUGUGCCUGAGCCAAAUCUGGUGUUACGCUGAAAAACAUAUUGCAAAAAGACAUUCACCUUUUAAGACCUUAAAAUUAUAGUGCGUUCAUGCUGUUUGCACAAAAUAAUUUACAUGUUCUUAAUAUAAUUAACAGGUUUUUUUUCUGUUGUAUAUGGUACAAAUCAAGAUUUAAAAACCAAGUUGCUCAUUUCAGACAACUCAAACUUGAAGUAAAACUAACUGCAGAUCCUUUAGUUACUAGACAGUAUUGAUAGCUUAAGGCUAUUAUUUUACAGACAUGCUUGAGUUCUUCCCAAACAGAAAGGUUUUAUAUUGUAUUUGGUUUUGCAGUUGCCUGAAGGGCAUUUUUUAUUUCAGAUAGUCCCAGUUAUAUUGUAAUGUUAUACCGUAUAGCCACACAGUAAAGAUGUGGAUGUUAAUCUACUAUGCACAGCUUAGACUGGCUAUACUCUUGUCAAUUCAUCCUGGCCACAUGUGACAUCUCAUAACAUGAGAACAAUUCCUACAGAAAUUAAUAAAACAUUUCUGGUGUUUUAGCAGCAGUAAAAUAGAAAUAGAAUUUUUCAGAUGUAGAAUUAUAUAUUUUUCUGUAAACUGUGUGGAGCAUCACUAUGUUGUCUACAAUGAAAAUGCAUUAACAGUCGGCCAUGUACUGUACACGAUCAGAUAAAAUAGACUAUAGUUCUUUUAAAAUACCUGCAAUAAUGCACCGAGGCUUUUCUGAAAAAUAGAUUGAAUAGGAUCUUAUCUCUUUAACAAAGAAAAUCUGUAAUGGCUGUGCUGUGACCUGUAUUAAUGGAACAAAAUCAGAGGAUCUCAUCUCCUUAAUGCAGAUGCUUACUAAAAUUCAAAUUAGUUUAGUUUCCUACCUAUCAAGAAGCUCCAAGGUCUGUCCAAAUCCUAUUUGUGUGAAAUACUUGAAUCUUGUUUGGAUCAAACCACUGUCUUUUGUAAUGUGGCAAAUGGCCCUAUUUAUUUGCAAUUUUUAAUUAUUGUUUUGCUGUGUUGUAGUGAAAAUGUUUAGUUCUGUUGCACAAUGUAAUAAUUAGUGUAAGUUUACUAGAGCAUUUUGGUCUCAUGAGGUGCUGGAUUUUUUUAAUAUAGCAAUAGAAUUUAUUAACAUGACUUGACACUAAAAACAGCUGUAUCAUAUUCUGUAAAAUGAGGACGUGUUAAGUCAGGGAUGCAAUAGAUGCUGUGCAUGCAACUGAAUGUGAUGGAAUAAAUGAUUUUGUGCACCA